AUGGUACAGCAUAAGAAGAACUCAGCUAUUAGUGCGAACGGAAACACGGCCAAGGAACUGCCCAAGAUGUCAUAUCAAAAGAGAGACACGCCGGAGAACCGGUCAGGAGGCGGUAAUGCUAAUAAAGGAGCCAACAAAUCCAAUGGUACACCCUCGAGCUUCCGUACAGACGGUGCAAUAUCCUCAUCUCGUGGCAAUCGUGAACGAGUCCUCCAACCAUGGGUGGCACCCAGCGGUUCUGAAGGCACAGAUAUGACGCUCGAGAAGUCGACAAGUGGUCGAGCAUGGGAUCAAUUCGCUGCCAACGAACGGCAAUUUGGUAUCACGACAACGUACGAUGAAAACAUUUAUACGACUGUCAUCGACAAAAGCCAUCCUCUGUAUAAAGAGAGGUUGGCUAAAGCGGAUAAGGCCGCUAAGGAAAUCGAGGGUAGUGCCACAACCACCGCACACCACGCUGAGGAGCGGCAGAUGAACUUCGUUGGCGGUGAUGAUGCUGGCGACGAUGAGGAGGAAAAGUACAGUGGUGUGCGACGGCAGGAUCUUGCGGCUCUUGGAAAUCGCGAGACUAAGUAUACGCCUCCUGCUCGACGGGCCCCUACGGCCAAUUCAACAGUGAAAGGCGCCCCUGUUGACCCGGCCAUAAUAUCGUCGCAAUUACGGACUCAAAAACCCCAGGUGGCAUCUAAACAAGAGGAUAAGAAAGCCCAGGCAACAUCUUCAUUAGAGGCAGCACCGGUACCCUUGCCUGUACAGCCUCCAGAAGCUAAAGCCGAGACUAAAGUAGAGAAACCCAGCGACCCCAAGCCAACAAACCAGGCGUCUGUCCCAUUAAAGCCAUCAGCUGCAACCAGUCGAACUAUGUCGCCUCAGAAGGAUGCACAAGGUCCUGUUAAAAAUGCAACUUCUACAGUCGAGUUUGAUGUGCUGAAGGAGUUCAAGAGUUUUGCUCAACAACAACGUAUGAAUGUCGACAAGGCGCGGCAUACUAAAGCGAAAGCGGACAAAGAGGUCAAGCUGACCGAGCUGAAGAGAUUUGCAAGCAACUUCAAGCUUCCAACCCCUGUUCCGCUUGACUUGAUUAGCAUCAUUGCCAAAGAUCCUGAAAAGCAACGAGAGAUUCAGGAAAAAGCAAAUCGAGAUGCCCAGGAGGUUGCCCAACGUAAACUUAAUGAAGCGAAAGCAAAGGGGAAAAAGGAGCCCGUAGGAACCGCAGCGGAAUCACAAUCCAAUGCUACUCCAACGGCGCCUGCUGAGAGCAGAACAUCUCGUCCUGCCAAUGCUCCAUCUGCGACUGGCCCAUCAGGGCCAAUGCGCAAUCAAGGUGGACGUGUACCUCCCAACUAUCAACCAUUUCCAAACAAUCGCUCAGGCCAACAGCACAUGGGGCAACAAGGUAGACAAGGCCUCACACAUCGUAUUCGAGAAUCGCAGAAGUCCCAAGCCCAAGAGUUGCGAAUACCUCCUACGGGCCCUGCCAAUGCUAUAAAUCUUCCCUUCCCACCACGUAUGGGUGGCUCUAAUCAUCUCAGCGCCAAGCUGAAUCCCAACAGUCACGAAUUUCGGCCAAACGCCUUUGCACCGAGUUUCAGCCCGAACGGGCAUCCCAGCGCAAGUUCGAGCCCCCGGUCCUCGAUUAAUCAUGCCCAUGUUCCUUCGGCAAACGCCGUUACCCACGUCAGUGCACCAAUCAUAAUCUCUAAAAAGGGUAGAACUCCAGAUCCAAAAAAGUGCAACAUCUUGAACUUCGCAAAGACGAUCCAACCUCCUGAGACAAAGAAUUGGGGUGAAAAUGGAAAUCUAAGACCCUCUUAUGACACGCCGCCUACCUGGCGUUCAGUUGCGGACGAGGAGAAAGAGGACUCUACGAUGCAUCUAACUUGCGAUGAGUACUUCGAACGCCAGCCCUUCACGAGUCAACCAACACCAACUCCCCCUCAUCUUCUUCCACAACAUAUCCCACACCAUCACCAGCUACCACUACAUAUGCAACAUGGCGCUCACAACGUUGGCCCACGGCACUCACCACAUGCGCCUCCAGUCCAGAUGCACGGUGGUCAGCAUAACGCGGUUCCUCACACCCCUUUUAAUGGCAGUGAUGAUCAUAGAAUGAUACAUUCGAACUCCAACCAGUCUUAUUCGUCCCCUAGAAUGACUCACCAAGUUCCAAUGGCGUAUCCGGCAACCAUGCACUCUACUCCCCAAAUGCCUUACGGUCAACACAUGAUGCCUUCAUUCAUGGGCCCAGGCGCACCUCAGAUGAAUAAUUUUAAUAGAAGUUUGUCGAAUAAUACCCAAUUCAUGCCUCAGCAAUCUGGAGCUAUGGCUGCACCAAUGAUGAUGCAGCCUCAUUUUAUGGGCCCCGGAAUGGUAGCUGGGCCUCCGCAGAUGCACAUGUACGCUGCCGGGCAGCCAUUUAUACCGGCGGGAAAUACACCGCAGCCUAUCCCUGGAGCGGCUAACGGCUACCCCAGUCCCGGCCGCCCGGCGGCACCGAUGAUGGUACCUGGAGGCUCAUCACAGGGCCAAGUGAUGUACGCACAGAGUCCGAGCAUGCAAUUUCAGCAGCCAUUUGCGCAACCACAAGGUCAAAUAAAUAAUAAUAUGCGCCCGUCCUACAACGGUGCCGGCUCCCAGUACGGCAGCAGCCCUCAACAAAUGCACCAAUACGCAGGGCCACCCCAGCGCAAUGGAAGUAGCGGCUAUAACAAGAACUAUCAAAACCACAAUCAGCACCAUGGCCCCGGCGCCCAUGCGGUUCCUGCUGGCCCUCAGGCACGGGCGGCUGAAGUACCUGACGAAGCCAAAUGA